CGCGAAGCUGCGGCGCAGCACUCCCUCCGCCGACCUGCUGAAUUUCACAACAUGGGAGUAAAACCUGGAGGAUGAAAGUUACUUUAAUGGAAAGCAAGGCACCGACGACAGGACCAUGGGCUAUGGGCAAAUCCUCCACCAGUGUGCCAGUAAGAAGGACCAGGUCCAUCUCAAUGUGGGAGGGAUACGACAUGAUGUGGAUCCAGAUAUGCUGCUCCGCUUCCCUCACACACGCCUGGCUCGCCUGCUGCACUGUCAGAGCGAGGCAGCGAUCCUGGAGCUGUGUGACGACUACAGCCCGGCUGAGAAGGAGUACUACUUUGAUAGGAAUCCCAGAGUUUUCCUGUGCGUGCUCAACUUCUACCACACGGGACAUAUCCACAUGAUGGAGGAGUUCUGCGUUUUUUCCUUCAGCCAGGAAAUCGAAUACUGGGGCAUCAAGGAGCUGCACCUCAGCUCCUGCUGUAGCAGCUUUUACCACGAGAGGAAGGAGUACAUCGAGGACAGAGACUGGGACAUCAGGAGCGAUGACCAGCAGGAGCCGAGCUUUGACUCCUCCUUUGAGGAGCUCUCCGCUCUUGAUAAAGACCUUGAGAAGUUCAAAGGUGCCUGGUGUGCAGAAGUGAGGAGCUACAUUUGGCUGAGACUGGAAGAUCCUGGUCACUCCACAGGAUCGAAGAUCAUUGCUGUGGCGUCCCUCAGUUUGGUGUUGACCUCCAUUGUUGCCAUGUGUGUCCACAGCAUGCCGGAUUUUCAGCGUGUGGACGACAACGAGAGGCCCAUCGAGGAUCCUGUCCUCACUGUACUGGAAGAGAUAUGCAUCGCCUGCUUCUCUGCAGAGUUCAUCAUCAGGCUUAUUGUUGCGCCAUCUCGCAUGAAGUUCCUUGGCAACCCCCUGAAUAUCAUCGAUGUUGCUUCCAUUUUGCCAUUUUACGCCACUUUAGCUCUUGAGACGGCUGACGAGGAGACUGCAGAGGAGAAUGAGGACUUGGAGAACGUGGGGCGGGUGGUACAGAUCCUGCGUCUCAUGAGGGUCCUCAGAAUCCUAAAACUGGCCCGCCACUCCAUUGGACUGCGAGCUCUGGGUGCCACCGUCCGCCACAGUUACCACGAGGUGGGUCUGCUUAUUCUCUUCCUCUCGGUAGGAAUCUCCAUCUUUUCUGCUCUCAUCUACUUCGCAGAAAAGGAAGAGGAGCACACAGAUUUGGGGAGCAUCCCCUCAGGUUGGUGGUGGGCCACAAUCACAAUGACUACUGUCGGUUACGGCGACAUGGUUCCUGUGACUCUAGCAGGGAAGUUAGUGGCCACCUUAUGUAUCAUCUGUGGUCUAUUAGUGGUGGCUCUUCCCAUCUCUAUUAUCUUUAAUAAGUUUUCCAAAUACUAUCAGAGAAACAAAGCCAUGGAGGGACAGUGUAUCGCCAAACCUGCAAGAAAAGAUCCAGAACUGCCUUCUUAUAACAUCAGAGACUUGUUCACAGGCAGUGUGUAUCCCUUCAUAGGAAGCAUCAACUUCAGGAACAGUGAGAGCAGCACAGGAGACAAUACCAAUGCCUCCAGCCUCCAGGACAUCGAGGUGUAUGAUAAUGACGCUUGUGAAAAUGGGCCGGCAAAAUGAGAUUCCUGCCAUUUAACAACCUAUCACUCCUUUUAUGACAGCAAGUCACUCCGUGCCUCUCAGGGCGGAGCGCCUCCUCACUGGUCUCACCUUCCCAGACUGUUUUCCUCCUGCAGUUUACAGAGAAAUAUCCUGGCAGCAAAGUUUUUUUGUCAUUUUCUACUAAUGAAAUAUCCAGUGUCACUAAAACAUAGGAAUCUAAGGGGAAUUACCUGAACUUUGCUCAGAGGGUUGAAAGCCAUUUUCUGCUUGAGAAAACAGCAAUGAUGCAUGUAGGAGGCCAUGAUGUUAAUGUUUUUCAACGUAAUGUCUUUUAUUGAUUCGUCUGCUCGCUGGAAGUUCAAACCGGGUGUCCACCAGAUGCAAGGCUAGAAUGACAACAGCUCUGUUUGAUGUUUAAAAAAUGGUGUUAUAGAUCUCUGGGUUAACUGAUGUUACACAGCCUGCAUGAAAAACCAUAAAUGCAUCUUGAAAGCAAGAAAUAAAAAUAGUUGCAUAAAGUAAUCAGAUAUCUUUGAUUCUGAUGGAAGAGACUGGCCGCAUCUUUCUCGGAGUAAAGAUGUGUUUCAGGGAAGCAGAUGGCGUUAAUAUCUUCUUAUAGAUAGUUUUGGGAGCUGUCACGUUGUGGGCGUGAAAGAAAAGCUGCGUCAUGUACUCCUUCAGAUAAGGCUUUUCAGGUUGGUUAGAACUAUUUAUUUCCUGUCUUGUUGCAUGAAGGAUUCCUAAUUCCACAGUUCUGCUUUAAUGACUGAAAGUAGAAAUGAUUAAUUUAUAAGGUGACAUGCAGUAAAAAUGCAGACUUUCAUUAGUCACCCUUCUCUGUUCGUCAAAGUAUCGAUCUCUUGUCCCUGUUUGUGAUUUCCACUCGGAUGAGCUGCUGCACUACAAAAUCAAGUUUGUUUUUUUUUAAAAGAAGAAAAACAUCAUUUCUCUCCAGGCGUCUAUAAUGUACUCAUGCAGUUAACUUGGAGUAUCUUCUCUCACAGCAAGAUGUUACCCGAACCCUUCCCUUUUUAUUGAAUUUAAAGUUCAGAUGGCUGUAUUUGAAGACAGUCAAGGAAAUGAAGCAUGUUAAAAUAAAUCAUAAAUGGCAUGGUUGUUUUCUACACAGUACUUUCUCCACUGUGGGCAGUUUAUAGCCGAACUGCAGCAAUAACCUUAACACUUGUGAAGCACUGAGUGGAUUAGCAUAUUG